UUUGACAUUAAACAGUAACGAAGAACAAAAUAUUAGGAAUUCUAAAUUCAUAAUUAUUAUAAUUUGUAAGUCCAAAAAACAUGUUAAAUUAAUUGUGUAUUCCGUAUUUUAAAUUAAAUUUAACUUGCUAUCAUACAAAAUGGUUAUAAAUAAUAAAGAAACUGGGCCAAAUAUUCGUAAAAACAACAAACAAGUGGGAGACGUCAUCGACCUCGGCGCCCCGCGCCGCCUUCGCACCGCACAUUCGCCACGACCGCCUUUUUUUUUAACACCGAAUCCUCGGCUGUACCCGAGCACAAAAAAAGAUUCGAAGAGUCGACAGAUCGAGGAACGUUCGCGACGCCGCUAUCGCAAGCUGCUGCCCAACCCGCGCCUGUACCGACCGCCCCCCGCCCGACCGCCCCCGGCGCCCCCGAGGCCCCGCGCCGCCUGGCCCGCGCCCCCCCCUCGCACCCUGGACACGGCCUCGCGGGCCGCGCUGCGCGUGUUGCGCGCGCGUCGCCUGCGCCACGAGCGAGCGGCCGGUGACGCGAGCCAGGGCCGGCGGCGAGUGCCGGGAGCGAGGCCCCCGCUGGGCUCGGCCUCCUCCGCGCGGACGACGCUCUGCGACCGGGCCGCGAGGCGGGCCGACGCCAGCGUCAUGGCCGCCAGUAAAUACUCCACGAGCCCGGACUGCUCGGACGGGAACGAGGCUUCGUCCGCGCCGAGCGAGUUCUUAGCCGAGUUUCUCUCGGCGAUCAUGCGGCGGCAGUACGCGGAGGCGCUGAAGUACUGCCAGCUGAUCCUGCAGUACGAGCCGCAGAACAGCACCGCGCGCGGGUUCUACCCGCUGCUGCAGCACAAGCUGCACACGCUGCACUCGCGCGCCGCAGACGAGACGAGCUCGAGCGACGACACCGGCUCUCGGUGCGGCGGAUCCCUCGACGCGCGAUACAAACAGAGAAGCAAGACGGACGCGGAGGAAGAGGCGGGGGCGGAGGCGGAGGCGGAGGCGGAGGCGGAGGCGGAAGAGAUGGAGCAGGGCUCGGGCUCGGCGUGCUCGUCGCUGGAGUUGGACUCGUCCGCGUCGGGCGCCGCACGCUCGUCCGACAGCACCGAGCCGUCCGACAGCGCGUCGUGGCGCUGGGAGAGCGGCGGCGAGCGCUCGGAGCGCGACGACAACGGCAACCCGCCGCCCACGCACAGCGGUGAGCCUGACAUUUGACUGCUUUGACGUCGAAACUAGUUUACCGCGUAGGGAGGCUCGCGGUCGGGGCCCGGCUCGAACGCUACCUCGGCUACACGAUGAUGAUGACUCUUUGGGACGGAAUAUCUGGGAAACAGGGUGCUGUCUAGCGGGAGGAUGAUAGUUUGAACUCAUCAAGUUAUCGUCCUUGCCGAGUACUUAACGAAAAUGAUGACAGACGACAGUGGACCGGGCCGACCGUAAGAGAGCGAACACUU